UACCAAGCCCAGGCCAUGAUGGACAUCGUCACGGCGAUGGAGUGGAACUACGUGUCCACGCUUGCUUCAGAGGGCAACUACGGAGAGAGCGGCGUGGAGGCCUUCAUACAGAUCUCCAGAGAAACUGGGGGUGUGUGUAUUGCCCAGUCCUUGAAGAUCCCUAGGGAGCCCAGGCCGGGGGAGUUUGACAAGAUCAUCAGACGCCUGCUGGAGACCUCCAAUGCCAGGGCUAUCAUCAUGUUCGCUAAUGAGGACGACAUACGGUACGUGCUGUGCACUUAAACAAGUGCCCCACUGCCACUGACCACAAUUUUUCUGCUGCCUACAGUUUUACGUUGAGUGUAGUAACACAUUCUGUGGCAUUUCUGCUUGAUUGAAUGAAAGAAAAAAACGUUAAAAAAAAUAAUGGCCAUGCGACUACGCGUUCUGGAUGCAGCUAAAAGGAACAACCAGACUGGUCACUUCCUGUGGGUGGGUUCAGACAGCUGGGGGUCCAAAAUCUCUCCUGUGAUUGGCCAGGAGAGAGUCGCUGAGGGAGCCAUCACAAUUCUCCCCAAACGAGCUUCUGUGGAUGCAUUCGACCGGUAUUUCCGUAGCCGCUCGCUGUCCAACAACAGAAGAAAUGUUUGGUUUGCUGAAUUCUGGGAGGAAAACUUUAACUGUAAGCUGGGGAUGCACGGUAAACGACCCGGUAGCCUGAAAAAAUGCACAGGUUUGGAAAAAGUUGGUCGUGAUUCCAGUUACGAACAAGAGGGGAAGGUUCAGUUUGUGAUGGAUGCUGUGUACGCCAUGGCCCACGCUUUGCACCGCAUGCACCGGGAACUCUGCUACGGCUACCCGGGCCUCUGCCCACGCAUGGCCAAUAACAUCGAUGGCAAAGAGCUGCUCAGCCACAUCCGUGCUGUCAACUUCAAUGGAAGUGCCGGUACACCAGUGGUUUUCAAUGAGAAUGGAGAUGCUCCAGGAAGAUACGAUAUCUUCCAGUACCAGAUCACCAACAGAUCAACCGCAGAGUACAGAGUCAUCGGCUCCUGGACCAAUAAACUACACCUUAAAGUGGAGGCCAUGCGUUGGAGAACAGGUGACCCAUCCCUCCCGGCAUCUGUGUGCAGCAUCCCGUGCCGUGCGGGCGAAAGGAAGAAAGUGGUGAAAGGUGUGCCCUGUUGCUGGCACUGUGAGCGCUGUGAGGGAUACCACUAUCAGGCUUCAGAGUUCACCUGUGAGCUGUGUCCAUAUGAGAUGCGACCUGACGCCAACCGCACUGGCUGUGUUCCCAUCCCGAUCAUCAAGCUGGAGUGGCACUCACCUUGGGCCAUCGUCCCUGUCUUCAUCUCCAUGCUGGGGAUUAUCGCCACCUCUUUCGUCAUCGUCACCUUUGUCCGUUACAACGACACCCCCAUCGUACGAGCGUCAGGCCGGGAGAUGAGCUACGUGCUGCUGACGGGAAUCUUUCUGUGUUACGCCAUCACGUUCCUGAUGAUUGCGACGCCGGACGUGGGGGUGUGUUCGUUCAGGAGGAUUUUCUUGGGCUUGGGCAUGUGUUUCAGCUAUGCGGCCCUGCUCACCAAGACCAACAGGAUACACCGCAUCUUUGAACAAGGGAAGAAGUCUGUAACAGCACCCAGGUUCAUCUCUCCUGCCUCCCAGCUCGUCAUCACCUUCUCCCUGAUCUCAGUUCAGCUCCUGGGCGUCUUCGUCUGGUUCGCGGUGGACCCUCCCCACACUGUCGUGGACUACGGCGAGCAGCGGACCCAGGACCCCAUGUCGGCGCGCGGCGUCCUCAAGUGUGACAUCUCGGACCUGUCGCUUAUCUGCUCCCUGGGUUAUUCCAUCCUGCUGAUGGUGACGUGCACAGUUUACGCCAUCAAGACGCGAGGUGUUCCCGAAACCUUCAACGAGGCCAAGCCCAUCGGGUUUACCAUGUACACCACUUGUAUCAUCUGGCUGGCGUUCAUUCCCAUCUUCUUUGGCACGUCGCAGUCUGCAGAGAGGAUGUACAUCCAAACCACCACCCUGACUAUCUCCCUCAGCCUGUCUGCCUCUGUGUCUCUGGGGAUGCUCUACAUGCCCAAGGUCUACAUCAUCCUCUUCCACCCUGAGCAGAACGUACCCAAACGAAAACGCAGCUUCAAGGCAAUCGUGACAGCUGCCACCAUGUCGGGAAAACUGACCCAGAAAGGAGGAGACCGGCCCAACGGAGAGGUGAAGACUGAGCUGUGUGAGAGCAUGGAGACCAACACUUCAUCAACUAAGACGACAUAUGUCAGCUACAGCAAUCAUGCCAUCUGA